GCCGGUGGCAGCUCCUGCUUGAGAGCUCGUGUUGGAUUUGGGAGUGGAUAGGACUUUAGAACUUUCGCAUACUUUGGUUCUUUUGAAUUUGGUUUCGGUUGAGUGUUGCAUUCUCUAAAAGUGCUGCAUACGCAUAAUUUAUAACACGUCGUGAGAACGCUUUUGCCCAUAUUAAGAACAUAGGGUUUGCAGAGUUGGAGGAAGUCAAGUUUUGGAGAAAUACUUCGGAUCAUAUGUUACAGCUAUCGUCAGAUCAUCAAACAAUUGAGAGUGUCUCUGGUUUCAUUCAUUGAGUUUGAAUUCAUUCACGAGGAGGAUCGACGAUCAUUGCAAAGGCAAGGGCCAACGAUUGGUGGUUACUCUGGAAAGCGUUGCACCUGAUGGUUAAUAGUUGGGUUCUGGUGUAGAACACGCGGUGGAAUUGCUGUGGCUGCAAAGUUUCGAAUUAAUACGUGGAUAGCGGUGCUUCAAUAGAUUUCAGGUGGACAAACUGCAAGCAAAGUCCUGAAUGAUAUCAGAAUCGGUGAUGACACAAAACGGAACAAGAAGCUUGUGGUAGAUGGUAGUGCUAUAGCAGUUGGCGGUAUAAUAGAAGAGCAAGUAUAUGAUCGAAGCCGUGUUGAAUAUUCAUGAAAAUUGAUUUUCGAGAUCCCAACCAGUUUUUUUUGUCUGGCUUUUGCACAGUCUUUCUCUUGGGUUGUUCGACAUAUAGUGGCGUUUGGUUCCGUGUUCUGUUCGAUUAACCGUGAUUGGUAAUUUAUUCACGGCGAGAAGAAUUCCUGAACUUUAUCACAGUUGUACAAGCACAAUCAGUGAAAGAAAUCCGAGAACAGUGAACCGAAGUGACAUUUCUACUUCCGAAAGGAAUUUGCACUAGAAUUUGGGUACAGCGAAAUUUCAAAGGAAAAUCCCGCGUCCACGCGUGUCCGCUGGCGGAAAACCGAAAAGAAAAAUCGACUGAGGAGUGAAGUGUCAGUAUCAGUCGGCUGCCGGCUACCGUGCUUGAAAAAGGGGGUGUGCGCAAUAAAAAAACGAAAAUAUUCGCAAGCUGCUGAAAGAGUGGUAAAGUAAGGAGUAAAGUGGUUUCAUGAGAUAAAUCACUGCUGGCUUGGGUGUGAUUGAUCUUCGCAGAGAAUUGCCCUGGUAAUCGGAAGAUUUCUUAGAUACUAGAUCUCCUCUUACUCAGUGCUUGAACCGGUGGAAAGCAUCAUCACAACGCAGAUCCUCGCCAGACGGCGUAGUGUAGGCGGAGCAGCCGGUUCACGUUCGGGGCUCAGUUCGCUACAGCCGCUUGAUGCACGCUGACACGUGAAAAACGUAUUGUGGGGUCGUGAAAUUCCGCCUGCGCGCGGGUCCCUCACACCAUCCCCCGUUCCACUAGAUUCGAAUUUGCGGACCCUGGCAGGGACGACCAUUGCCAGGGUGGUGCAGCUGCCGCGGACCAGGACGACGACCUUUCGCAACUGUGCAUCUCGACGAUGACGACCUCGUGGUCCUCGCCCAAGUGUAAGGUCUGCACCUUGGUCAUCUUCCUGCUGGUGUUGAUAGUGACGUUGAUAGUGAGUUUCAUGCGCCAUGGAAACGCCAGUCCCCAGCCGCAACCAGCUCCCCCUACGAGAAUGGAUGCGGCGACGACGGCGAGCGGUGAUAGUGAAAGUGGAAGUGAUGCAAUUAGUGUUAUGGGUAGGAAAAGUGGAAUCUCGCCGCAGCAAGGAGUUACGGUGCCGGGACUAAUGCCGGAUGGACCCGGUGGUGCAGGUGGAGUGUUUAACGGCAGCAGCAUAUCAGAUGAUUCGUCCAUUCUGCGAAGGCCGCUGGACGGCAGCAGUGACGGCAGCUGGACGCCUUUCAGUACCGCCGACGGUAAUGGAACGGUGACGGCGUCGGAUUUCAACGAAGAGAUCCCCCGGUUACACGAUCCAACGAAAUCGGACGUGGAGUAUAUCCAACCCACCAAGAUACUGACGCAGCUGCACGAUAAUGACCUGCUGUAUGAUUCCAAGACAAUGAGAUCUGAUUCCACCGGAGCGCACCUCGCACCCAAGUUUCACCGGACUGGGCUGUACCGUAAUCGGUCCUCGCGCAUAUGGGAUCCCCACCCGGAGUACGAAAUAAACGCAUUCGGGGUUAAGAUGCACAUCACGCUGCGACAAGAUAGCAGCUUUAUACCUAAGGACCUGAAGGUGACGCACAUCAUCUCAUCUAAUGAAACCCUGCAGCGGCCCAAAGACCAUCUGGAAAACGAAGCCCUACAGCGGUGCUACUACAAAGGGCAGGUAGUUGGCGACGAGAAAUCGGCCGUCACCGUUUCGCUCUGCGAAGGGAUGAGUGGACACAUUCACACCUCGUGGGGAUCGUUCCUGAUCAGACCGGUGCAAAAGUACUCGAACGAGGAUACCAACAUUUUGCACGAGCUUUCGCGGGAACGGAAAGCAGAGGAGAACGCCGUUGGUGGUCCGGAGCGGCUCGAUCCGACGGCACAGGGCGACGGCAGUAACUGUGCCGUCGACACCAAACAGGAAGAACACGAUUCGCAUGUGGAAAGCAUUGAACUAGCGGACGAUGCACAUCACGGCCGGAGGAGUAGAAGAAGCACGGCGCACAUAGCGAACAACGAGUACACCAUUGAAGUAUUGUUGGCGGUGGAUAGAAAGAUGCAAGAAUACCACAAGGAUACGCUUAAGUCGUACGUGCUGACGCUGAUGUCGAUCGUUUCCAGCAUUUACGCCGAUGCCAGCAUAGGAAAUUCAAUUAAGAUAGCAGUGGUGCAUAUUCUGUACCUCCACAAGGAUUUGGUCCCGCACAGUACGCUGGACAUAAACGGCAGCAAAGGCGUAUCGGCAUCGGAAAUGCUGCAAGCGUUUUGCCAAUCGAAACUAAAAUCGGACUUCCACCACGAUACGGCAUUUCUUCUGACCAGGGAGCAAAUCUGCCGAAACCAGAUGAAGUGCGACACCCUGGGGCUGGCCGAGCUGGGAACUAUGUGCAAACGAUCCUCGUGUGCGAUCGUGCAGGACAACGGUCUGUCGGCGGCGUUCACGAUCGCACACGAACUUGGACAUGUAUUAAGCAUGCCGCAUGAUGAUGACGCUCGGUGUGCUCCUUACAGAAAUGAAGCCAGUGGAAAACAGAACAUAAUGUCCCGAAUGCUGGACCAGAACACCCAUCCUUGGUCAUGGUCCAAAUGCUCCCGUCAUUUUGUCACCGAGUACCUAGAACAAAACCGCGGCGACUGUAUGUUGAGCAAACCGCAAACGGACCUUAUCGAACCGUCAUCAUCGCACACGAAGCUAGCCGGCGAAAAGUUCACCAACAAUCAACAGUGCGAGCUUGUAUUCGGGAAUGGCUCACGCAUUUGCUCGUACAUGCCGGUUUGCGAACGGCUUUGGUGUAACAAUGGGGACGAACUGCUGGGUUGCCGGACUCAACACAUGCCUUGGGCGGACGGCACGAGCUGCGGCGAGAACCAGUGGUGCCAGAAGGGACAAUGCGUAUACGUGAACCGGGAGGCACUACAGCCGCAGGACGGUGUUUGGGGCCAGUGGAGUGCGUUUAGCGAAUGUAGCCGCAGCUGUGGUGGUGGAGUGCAAACUUCGACGCGGAGUUGUGACUCCCCUCCACCAGCGAACGGCGGCAAGUACUGCACCGGUAUGCGAAUGCAAUACAGAUCGUGCAAUACGCAGGAUUGUCCGGAAGGCACGUUGGACUUCCGGGAAGAACAGUGCCACGAACUGGAUGGUAAAAACUUCGAGAUCCCUGGGCUUGAGAAAAAUGUCAUAUGGAUCCCGAAAUACGGAGUCAAGGCCGAAGAUCAGUGCAAGCUGUUCUGUCGGGUAAAGCAUUCGAACAAUUACUUCUUGUUGCGAGACAAGGUAAAGGACGGUACGCCUUGCACGCAUCCUCACGAGUCGUACGACAUGUGUAUCAAUGGGCAUUGCAGACGAGCUGGUUGCGAUUACGUGUUCGACUCCGAUGCUACAAUGGAUAAAUGUGGAGUUUGCCGAGGGAACAACGAUACAUGCGACAAUGUUAGUGGGAAGUUCUCCUACUCCAAAAUGAACUACUCGAAUAAAAAACCUCAAAAAAUUGUGAGGAUACCUCGCGGAGCCACGAACAUUAUUAUUUUUCAACGCGGCUAUAAAGAUGACGGUAACUAUUUAGCGUUACGAGACGUAAACUACGAUUACAUUUUUAAUACACCGAAAACAACGGUUGGGCCCGGUUUCAAAAAACGACUUUUUGCUGGUGUCAUGCUGGAAUACAAUGGCCCAGAUGAAGAGAUAGAAACAAUACGAUCGGACUACGGACGACCCUUGAAGCAGGACCUAAUAGUCGAAUUGGUCUACUUUUCGAAAAUGAGACACGUCAGUGAGAACAUUGUCGAGUACAGCUUUACCAUUCCUAUCGAUAAGCCUAUAGUAAAGGCGUCCAAUACGCCUUUUUAUAUGCAUCCAAAUCCUAGCCAGAAUACUAUCGUUAAUUAUCAAUGGAAAAUGUCCGAAUGGAGCGAAUGUGACCAAGGAUGCUCAGGUAAGCGCCAUCGGAAGGCUGGAUGCUUUGAUAUUGAAACGGGCAAGGAAAGGGCAAUCUCUUUUUGUCGGAACAGUGCUAAGCCUUUCGAUGACUAUGAGCCUUGCAAUGUGGAGUGUAAGUUUGAAUGGCAGGCUUCCGGUUCUAAGUGCUCCAAUGCGUGCGGAGAAGGCAUCAUGAACGUCCAGUACCAAUGCGUCCAACGGUAUAUCAAAGCUAAACAAACCAAUGUCGUUGAUCAAACGUAUUGUGCAAACAUCCCUAGACCGAUCACUACAGAAAAAUGUCACGGCCCAUGUCCGGAAGCAACUUGGAUGUACAACGAUUGGCAACCGUGUUCGCAAACGUGUGGUGGCGGAGUGCAAUACCGUACCGCUAGCUGUCUCUCGUCUCCGGAAGGUUACCGGAUAAGCGACGAGUUCUGCUCCCAAGGAUUGCGUGAGGAACUGAAUCGGAGCUGCAAUACCAACAGCUGUCCUGAUUGGUUCACAGGAGAACUGACACCGUGCUCUGUAAGCUGCGGGGAAGGACAACAACGGUAUGCUAUCCACUGUGUACUAAACAAUGUUAGCGUUAAUGCUGCCCUGUGUGGCGCUCGGCCGGUUGCCGUUAUUAUCAACUGUACCAUGCCACCCUGCGAGAAGAAGCCCGAACCACCUCAGCAAGAGCACCCUGCCCACGCAUACUCGGGCGAAGAAACGAGGCUCAUGUCGCGGAUGCACGACAACGAUUACUAUCCGGCGUCGCACGGCGAUAUCAGUUACCAGAACAAUACGAUACAGUUACAACGAUACAAAUGGUGCACCGGCAGAUGGAGCAUAUGCAACGCGAAGUGCAACAGCACUGCCUACAAACGACGCAAGGUGCAAUGCUGCUACAAGAACAACGAGUCAUCGGUUGUCAAUGACCGACACUGCUCGGGCAUAGAGAAGCCGGUGGAGCACUACAUCUGCGGAGGCUUCCCUUGUCCAAAGUGGGAUCACGGCCAGUGGACCGAGUGCAAUGACGAUUGCAAGCGCUAUCGUAAAAUGCAAUGCAUAGACCAUCGUGGAAAUCCCAAUAACGAAUGCCCUUUGAACGAGAAACUGCCAGAAGUGGAAUCGUGUUGUGAAUUCAAAUGGAGGAUUGCUAACUGGAAGCCUUGUAAUGUGACGUGCGGUGGUGGCGACGGCUAUCGAGUCGGUGAACGUGUAUGUAUGCGUCUAUUCAAGAAGUCUAAAGAGAACCCGCGUCCGGUCAAAACCGGCCGUAAAGUCGAUGCCAAGCUAUGUGCCAACGCAAAGAUGCCAUCGGCAGAGAAGUUAGUUCGCAAAUGUAAACCUUGCCAGUUUCGGUGGGAGGUAUCUGAUUGGUCAAAGUGUUCGGUUGGCUGCGGAGCUGGAUUGGCGACGCGCAAUGUUACCUGUAGCAAUGGGCGAAACACUGCGAAUGUUUGCAAUUUCAAACACAAACCAAGCAAUGUGAAGCCUUGUGAAACGCACAGCUCCUGUAGCUGGAACACCGGACGAUGGAAUAGAUGCAAGUGCGAUGGAUUCCAACGACGAAAUGUUAAGUGUUACGAUGAACUGACGAAAACAGAAUCGAAUCGCUGUCCUCAGCCACGACCUAGCAGUAAACGAAAGUGUCACCCAGCACCGGACUGUAGACCAAAGUACAGUAAACUGGUAAGUUACUCCUGUCACGACAUCCAGCGAAACCGACGAACGCGGCUUGAUGGAGAGUACACUUUAACCGUCAAAGGGCAAUCGGUAAGCAUCUACUGCCACAACAUGUCAUCGAUUGCGCCGACCGAAUAUCUCACGUUACAAUCAGGACUUGUCGAAAACUAUGCCAUCUACAACAAUAAACGAGCGGAGAUAGCCGGAGUCUGUCGACCGUCCUCUGCGGAUCGAGUGGACGACAGCAUAGACUACGGCGCAACACACUAUCGCAAAAUUCGGCUAAAUAUUCACACCCUGCAGGUGAUAGUAGACGACACCCGGUUUACGGACCGAUCCGGGAAACCCCAGGCAUUCGGAUCAGCUGGGGAUUGCUACAGCAAUACCGGAACGUGUCCUCAAGGAGAUUUUUCAAUUAAUUUGGAAAACACUCCCUUCCGGAUACGACCUCGCACCCAGUGGGAAACCAAAGGGGUCAAUGCGGUGCUAAAUUUCCUUAUACGGCUGGAAGCGCCGUACAAAAAAGUUCGAGCACGUUGCGGCGGAUAUUGCGGCACCUGUUCAGUGUCCCGAAGCACAGGCCUGUUCCUAGAGUUGGUGUAGAAGUCUUCUGGCAAUUUUCCUACUCUCACAUAUUGAUAGGGCUGAGCUAGGCCGCUCCGGAGCGGUUGAUACAUUGCAAAUAAGACAUCAAUGCCGUAGACCUUCGUCUCUUUUUUCAAAGUAUUUAGAUUUUAUUUUUUUCCUGCAUGUAUACGAUUCACGUGUGAGUGAUUAGGUUUUCUUUUUCCUUAUUUUACUAAUUUUAGCCAAUUCGAUAUCCCUCCCCUCGGAUAUGUGAUCUUGAUGCGAUGGGCCAUUAGCACUGAGAUGGCAACCAAAGACAUAUCCUGUCGUGGUGGUAUCACAUGUUGACUAUUUUGGUUUAGUGCCGCGUCACAUAUCUGGCAUCGACGCACUGAUUUUACGCAUGUGAUCCAACGGACAUCGUGUCUUGGAGCCUUGAAUGAUAGUGCAGUCAGGCAGAGACCUGUUUCAUCAGUGAUAAUGAUGUGAGUUCUCUUCUUUUCGGCAAUACUUUUCUGAUGCGUUCCCUGUGACGCCGAGUCGUAGCCACGCUUACAUUUAGCUAGCUAGGCAUUUAUUGAAAAACAAUGUAUUCAAGACAUUCGUAGAGAAUCGACUGCUGGAGUUUCGUUUUUUUUUUCAAAACUGUAGAAGUUGAAGAAGCUGUAGGCGUUUUUUUUUUCAAAGCUAGGAACGUGGUGCCAGUUUUAUUUUGUUAUGCCUCACUUCGAAGAGCAAUAAUAAAAAAAUACCACACAUUAUAAUGAUGGUAUAUGAACAAUCUUAAGACCGCCUUAUUCUCGAUAAUGUUUACUAAUAGCUAGGGAAUAGGCGUGAUGAAGCUUUUGCCACCGAGAAGUGAAUCCUAAAGCCGACCUUGAUUAGAACUUAAUAGAUAAUCACCGUAAUUAAACAACGAUAAAGCUACUUGUUAGAGCAGUACAAAGUUAUAGGCAACCUUGACAAAAAAUGAUAAUAGCAUAAACUAAACUCUUUAACAGUUUCCACUUUUACAUGAUAUAGCUUACAUUGAGUUUGUUGUAGAACUUUUUGUUGGGAGAGUUAUUCUCCGAUCACGAUUUAUAACAUUGGGGUCGCUUUUAAGACGGUUUGUUGUUGGUUAAUAAUGGCCUUUGGAUUAGUUAAAACAAUGGGUUGAUCCAUUGAAAAAAUAUUUCAAAAAAUCGAUGAAUUGGUUUCAUUGCUUAACCCAAAGAAUUGAAAAAAAAUUCUCCUCAACAGGUCCUAUACUUCACCGGGUACAAUAUGAAUCAGUGAUUCAAUCAUUCAGCAUCUAUAAUUUAAAUUAUUAUUCCAGUUUUUUUUAACUACCCGAACAGCAAACUUACUACUUACUAAAUACUACUUACCAAGUUGCGAUGCCUAAUCACAUACCUUAUUAGGUGCGGUGCUUUAUGCAAAGCGUGAAUUGUGAAUUUAUGCGGGAGACUUUGCUUAAAAAUGAUAGUUAAUUGCCCAUCAUCAGUACCUAAACGAGGUAUUCAGUAGGAUUAACCAAAAAACUCAAUGAGACAUAAUGAUUCUUACAUUAUAAAAGCGGGGGUCAGCGGCAAAGACUUCGUAGUUAAGCAAUCUGUGGUUUUAGAGCUUUGCGACAAUAUACCAAUAUGGCGACAAUAUGCGACAAUUCACCAAUAUAUAUGUGGGCUUCGUGGCUUUGCGGUUAGCGACCUCAGUCGUAUAGACGUAUGUGCUAUGGAGUGUGGGUUCGAUCCCUGCCCCGGUGAGUGGAAAACUUUUCAUGAUACGAAAAACUCUUUACUGGUCCAUUGGGUGUUGUGUCCUGUCCGUUGACUCUUGACUGUCUUAAUAUAAUGUAUAGGUUGACAAUAAUAAAUGUGAUAAUGCAAAGAUUUUUUUUUAGCUACCAUACAAACUGUAUAAACUGUAUCUGUAUAAAAAAUCUCAUUUAGUUCAAACAAAGUUUUUUGUCACUUACAAUCCUUCGCUUGUAACCCUCUCAACUAUCAAAAUAUUUCCUUAGAAUUUCACAAUUUUAGUACUAACGAAUUUAGUUUUCACAAUGCUUUUCGUAUAAAAAUUUGGUACUCGCAGAAUGUGCUUGAGUAAUUAUUUUUGGAAUUUUACCUCUAAUGCAGAAAUUGUUUAACUUAGGGUAGAAUGCAGUUAUUGCUUGCUUGCAUGGGUAAGUUGGGUAAGAUGGAAUCUGUGUGGGUACUCCAUGAUACAAAACUAUCCAGACAAAAUAAUAUCCUAAACAUAUGGUCUAAAGCAUUGAUGUUCUUAUUUUCUACAUGUAGGAUGUAGUGCAUUUGCAUUUCAAUGUUAUACAUAAACCGAUUAUCUGAGCUGCCACUUGACAAUUAACAAUUAAAGUAGGAAGUGCCACAACUAGUUACAUGUACACAAAUUUAGCUUAUCUUAAUGACAAGGUAUUUAAUUAAACUAAGAAUAAUUCCGAUGUUAACGAUUUUAAAAUAGUUUUUCGGAAUUCAAAAGAUUUUGGAAAAGAUUUUGUACUAUAUGAACCGGGCGCCAUUAGCGCGUGUGGUCAUGAUCAAAAGAUAUUUUAGUUCCAAGAUAAAGAUUAUCGUUGUCGUAACUGUCCGGAACAUCUUUUGCUGGCGAGAAUAGGGUGCUAAAUGUCAAUGAAGGAAAAAUCCAUACAAUUUGACAGUUCUGUACCCAACACGUUUCGGACAGUCGUAUAUAGGGAACCGUAGCGACAAUCUUUAUUUUGUAACUAAAACAUCUAUUCAUGAUCCCAAAGGACCGAGCGGAAACAAACAAAACAUGCAGAGAUGCCAGCCGAAUAGCAACUAAAGACUGACAGAGAAAGGAAAAAAAGGAAGAAAGUAUGACAAGUAUUUUGUUGCUGAGGCGACAGCAAACACUAACAGUAUGAGUGACACGCAAUAUCUCUAAUGCUCGGUCCCCGAUCUGACUGUCUCUUUGUUCUGUUUUAUCGAGCAAACUGAAACAGUGCGGCUGCCUUUGAUAUUAUUAUAAACGUAGGAACCAAGUCUCAACUAAUCACCAACUAUUCAGUGUGCUUCAUUAUAUAAAGAUAACGAACGCUUGCGAUAUUACGUAACAGAUUAAAUGUGUGCCUCAGACAACGAAACAAUGAUUUUAACAAUUACUGCGAUUUGCGAAUUAAACACAAAAGUACAAAUUUUCGGACACAGACGCCAAUAGCGCCAAAAAAAAUACUCACUCAAUGCUGUUAAAAACAAACCAAUCAAAUAAGUAUUACUGAAUCGACAGUUUUUAGGUUAAUGUAGACAAAUUUUAAACGUGUUCCAAAAAGAAUAAACGAUCGAAGGAGAUUCUCCGUCUAAAGCGAGCUAUUUUGUUUAGAAACAAACCGGCACAACCAACAGUUCAAACGUCUCGUUCGUCAUCCCUUUUCGUCAGAUAACAUUUAUUAUUUUUCCAAAUGGAAAAACGCAAGCUUUCAAGAAGGAGCUUGAAAUGUAGAGAAUAAGAGCAACCACACCCUGCCACCUCGUCAACGUUGAAUUGGAAAUCAGAUACGAAACUGCCAUAACCUUAGAUGUAGUAACCAAAUGUCUAAUUUAGUACUUUCCAUUGUCCUAUCAAGCAUUUCUCGUUUGGAUGAAGUGCCUUUAUUUCGAUGUAUAGUAGAACCACCGUUUUUAUUAUUUCUGAUGCAACCAUUUAAUAUUAAAUGUAGUAGAAUAACAAUAUUUAGUUUGAGUAAAAGCUACAUAGAAAGUAUUAUUCUACACAAGGGCCUGUUCACAAAUUACGUAUCGCUGUAGGGACAAAGCAAGUGAUCAGUCAGAGCGUUACGGUUUUUCCAUAUCAAAAUUGUUAGUAGGUAAGGUAGAGAAGCGUUAUGUAAUUUUUGAACAGACCUUAAAUAUCUCGCGCAUUCGCAUACCAAUUUAUUGGUACUGUAUCACAAGCACAAACAUCAAAGUCCAUACUCUGAGGUUUAGCCUUCAGCAACUCGAAAUCUAUGUUUUCCCAAAUCAACAAGUACGCUUACUCGUAGAAAUCCGUUGAAAAUAAAGAGUAAAUAAAAAUUCGACCAAAAUUGAACCCUUUGGAUGGAUCACGAACAAAACAAAUGGUUUCAUGGAAGAUGUUGAUAAAGAGCAGAAUAAAAUUAUUAGUUGAAGCUACAAAUUAUUUAUUUAUCGAUUUUUUUUGUAUUCUUUCGAAAUAGAAAAACAAACCCUUAUAAUGUAUAAGAAGAAUUUGUACCAAUAGAGGUGCUUUAAUUAUAAUCACGUGUUAUCUAAUCAGUUCUCAGCCAUAUGAUAGCAAGAAACAAGAACAACAAGGAAACAGCUUGUCGCCAGUCGAAAACGUACAUUGUGUUGCAAAAGAGAAGAUCUAAUUGUGUAACACCCUAACUUAAUUACUCAGUCCUCCAACCAAGUGAGCUGAUCUUUUGUAGAUAACUAGAUUUAUGCGGACAUUUACCAUGAUAGUGACCAAGUAAUUUGGUUGGAAUGCGGCUGAGUAUUAAACUUUGCCCAAAUAAAACGCCUAACUACAAACGAAGCAAAAUAGAAAAGGUAAUAUUUUUCUUGUAAUAAAAUCUAUCGUUUUGAAA